UAAAUGGAUCCACUAAACGCAUUUCAAGAAUCAGUCUCUGUGUCGGUCACCAAACGGAGGAUUGGCCACAGGAAAAACAAUAAGAACAACGAGGGAGAUGACAGUAAAUUCACAUCUAAGAACCUCGAAGCCGAGAGACGUCGAAGACAGAGGAUACAUUCCCGGCUUCUCGCCCUGCGUUCUCACGUCCCCGUCAUCACCAACAUGAAGAAAGCGACUAUAGUUGACGAUGCGAUAACAUACAUUCAAGAUCUUCAGAUGGAAGUGGAGAAUCUUUCUAAGAUGCUCCACGAAAUGGAAGUUCCUGAAGUAGCGGUUGAAGAAGAAGAAGAAGAGAUGGAGAUGAAGCCGCGACUGAAAGAUUCUCAAUACGGGAUCGGGGAAGAUGUUCAUGUGAGUAAGAUCGGCGAGAGCAAGUUCUGGUUGAAGAUAAUAUCUGGGAAGAAAGCCGGCAUCUUCACCAAAAUCACAGAGGCCAUGAGUUUCGUCGGAUUCGAGAUCAUUGACAUUAGCAUUACCACUUUCAAUGGGGUCAUUCUUGUCUCCUCUUCUGUUCAGGGAAUCCACGAGGGUUCAAUUGAUGUUGAACAGAUGAGGAACUUGCUUGUGGAGGCCAUGAGAAACGCAUGAAGAAUUGCAGAUUCGCCAUUAUAUAAUACACAUCAGUCCCAUGAAUUUUUAUUAAUUGAUCACCAUUUAUUAUUAUUAUUAUUA